AUGAGUACUCUUACAUCAAGUUCCGAGCUAACUUUUUCUGUACCUACAUGUAUUACAGACAUGGUUCUCCGCUGGCCAUUCAACGUGAAUACAACCCAACAAAUACCAUUGGAGCAGUGGCAAAGCCAACAGCAAUAUCAGCAACAAAGAGACCAACAACAACCAACGCAGCAAAUGCUUUACACAUCACAGCAGCGGCAACAAAUGCAGCAUAUGCAAAGACAACAACAACGUCUGGCUACUGAAGUCACGGACUUGCGAAAGCCAAACAACUACAAUACCAACAACAAUAAUAUUAACUACAAUAACAUACCACCACCACAACAACAACAAGCAGCUCAGUUGCCAACACAAUUUAAUACCAGACAACCGAAUAGCUACCCCUACUACUAUAGCAAUUACAAUAGAGUGCCACAAAUGCAAGGACAAAUGCCGAGGCAGUUGCCAGCUAACUACUCUUAUCCCCAGUAUGGUGUUGCGGCUAAAAAUUCGAGCACUGAACAGUUCGAGAAGUUCGAUCCGUCUCAGCGAAAUGCGCGCACAUUUGGACUCAUCAGCGACUUUAUCAAUAGCCUUACGUCGUCACCUUGCGUCAAUCCUUGUACUAUUGAAGCAUACAGUCAGAAUCGUUGUUGUAUAGUUGUUGUUAACCCCGACCCACCUGUUUGCUGUCAAUAUCCGAUGCCGCGUCCACAACCUCCCGUAAUGCCACCUAUCCCCAUGCCACCACCGCCGCAGCCACCGAUGUACCCACCCAGACCGCCGAUCAGCUGUUGCAGCGCCUGCAGCUACGGCUACUUCGGCCCACCACCUUGUGGCUAUUAUGGUGGCAGUGGUGUAAUAAGAAGAGGCGGUGGACUUUUCGGGAGCGGUGGACUUUUUGGUGGCGGUGGUUUUAUUGGUAGUAAUCCAGGCGGUUUAUAUCUCGGUGGUAAUUUAGGUAAUCUAGGUGGAGGACAAUUUUCCCUCUCUGUACCACAGACGUCAAUAUUUGGAUAA